AUGAAGAUCACAGAGGCCCGCGUUUCAGACAGUGGGAUGUACCUCUGCGUGGCCACAAACAUUGCUGGGAACGUGACUCAGUCUGUUAAAUUAAGUGUUCACGUUCCUCCAAAGAUACAGCGUGGCCCUAAACUUCUGAAAGUCCAAGUUGGCCAAAGAGCGGACAUUCCGUGCAAUGCUCAGGGGACGCCUCUUCCUGUAAUCACCUGGUUUAAAGGUGGAAGCGCCGUGCUGGUUGAUGGAGUCCAGCAUGUUAGCCAUCCAGGUGGAAUGUUAAGCAUCAGCCAAGCCAUGCUCUCAGAUGCCGGAGCGUACACAUGUGUUGCUGCUAACAUAGCAGGCAGCGAUGAAACGGAGAUAACACUCCACGUCCAAGAACCACCUACACUGGAAGAUCUGGAACCUCCAUAUAACACCCCAUUCCAAGAAAGAGUGGCCAAUCAGCGCAUUGCAUUCCCAUGUCCUGCAAAAGGUACUCCCAAACCAACCAUCAAAUGGUUACGGAAUGGCAGAGAGCUGACAGGCAGAGAGCCUGGUAUUUCUGUCUUGGACGAAGGCACAAUGUUGGUUAUUGCUUCUGUUACACCGUAUGACAAUGGGGAGUACAUCUGUGUAGUAGUCAAUGAAGCUGGGACCACAGAAAAAAAAUAUAACCUCAAAGUCCAUGUUCCUCCAGUAAUUAAAGAUAAAGAACAAGUAACAAAUGUGUCCGUGUUGGUCAAUCAGCUGACCAAUCUCUUCUGUGAAGUUGAAGGAACUCCCUCUCCCAUCAUUAUGUGGUACAAAGAUGAUGUCCAGGUGACUGAAAGCAGCACUGUUCAGAUUGUGAACAACGGGAAGAUAUUAAAGCUCUUCAAAGCCGCUCCGAAGGAUGCGGGAAGAUACUCCUGCAAAGCCAUUAAUGUUGCAGGCUCGUCUCAGAAGUACUUUAACAUCGAUGUGCUAGUUCCACCCACCAUCAUAGGUGCCAACUCCGCCAAUGAAGUCUCAGUUGUCCUCAGUCACGACACCAGCCUUGAAUGCCAGGUCAAGGGCACUCCCUUCCCAGUGAUUGACUGGUUCAAAGAUGGCAAGCCUUUAUUUUUGGGAGAUCCUAAUAUUGAACUUCUAGACAGAGGACAAGUUUUACAUUUAAAGAAUGUGCGAAGAAGUGACAAGGGGCGCUACCAGUGCACUGUGUCCAAUGCAGCUGGCAAGCAAGCCAAGGAUAUAAAACUGACAGUCCAUAUGCCGCCGGCUGUAGAAGGAGGAGAUGAAACAUCUUACUUCAUAGUGAUGGUUAAUAACUUAUUGGAGCUAGACUGUCAAGUGACAGGCUCUCCCCCACCAACUAUCAUUGCUAUAGGAAAUGCAAUUAAGGACCAGUCAACUAAGUCUCUGAUUCAGCAACGUACAUGUGUCAUGUCAGCAAUGUUGCUGGAACUGCUGAAAAAUCGUUCCAUGUGGACGUUUAUGCUGAUAAAGCCUAGAAAACUUGUUUCUGCUCUGAAAUCCUUUGUAGUUCCACCCAGUAUUAAAGGAGGGAAUGUCACCACAGAAAUAUCAGCGUUGAUCAACAGCGUAAUUAAACUGGAGUGUGAAACACGCGGACUUCCGCUGCCAGCUGUCACGUGGUAUAAGGACGGCCAGCCGAUCAUCUCCAGUUCGCAAGCACUUUAUAUUGAUAAAGGACAGUUUCUUCAUAUCCCUCGAGCACAGGUCUCUGAUUCAGCAACGUACAUGUGUCAUGUCACCAAUGUUGCUGGAACUGCUGAAAAAUCGUUCCACGUGGACGUUUAUGGUAAGGAACAUAUAUAUGCUUUAAUCAUCUCUCUUUCCACCUUUGCCUUCUAA